AUGGAGGGAAAAUCGAACCUCUCCUUCAUCCUCAACAAGCCCCACGACGUCAGCUACGCGGAGCGGCCGCUGCCCAAGCUGCAGUCCGAGCAUGACGUCCUCGUCGCGGUCAACUACACGGGUAUCUGCGGGUCCGAUGUGCACUACUGGGAGCACGGCGCGAUCGGGCACUUUGUGGUCAAGGACCCGAUGGUGCUGGGCCACGAGUCGGCCGGCACCGUGAUCGAGGUCGGAUCAGCCGUGACGACGCUCCGCCCAGGCGACACCGUCGCCCUGGAGCCGGGGUACCCGUGCCGCCGCUGCGCAAACUGCCUGGGCGGCUUCUACAACCUGUGCCCCAAGAUGGCCUUCGCCGCCACGCCGCCCUACGACGGCACCCUGACGGGCUUCUGGGUCGCCCCCGACGACUUCUGCUACAAGCUGCCCGACAACGUGACCCUGCAGGAGGGCGCCCUGAUCGAGCCCCUCGCCGUCGCCGUGCACAUCGUCAAGCAGGCCCGCAUCACGCCCGGCCAGUCAGUCGUGGUCAUGGGCGCGGGCCCCGUGGGCCUCCUGUGCGCGGCCGUGGCGCGCUCGUUCGGCGCCACCAAGGUGGUCUCGGUGGACAUCGUGCCGGCCAAGCUCGCGUUCGCGCGCUCGUUCGCCGCCACGCACACGUACCUGUCGCAGCGCGUGGCGCCCGAGGAGAACGCGCGCAACCUGCUCGCCGUGGCUGGGCUCCCCGACGGCGCCGACGCCGUCAUCGACGCGUCGGGCGCCGAGCCCAGCAUCCAGGCGUCGCUCCACGCCGUGCGCGUCGGCGGCACGUACGUCCAGGGCGGCAUGGGCAGGCCCGACAUCACCUUCCCCAUCAUGGCGCUGUGCCUCAAGGAGGUCACCGCCCGCGGAUCGUUCCGCUACGGCAGCGGGGACUACCGCCUGGCUGUCGAGCUGGUCGCCAGCGGGAAGGUGGACGUCAAGAAGCUGAUCAGCAGCGUCGUCGGCUUCGGGCAGGCUGAGGAGGCGUUCAAGAAGGUCAAGGAGGGGCAGGUCAUCAAGGUGCUGAUCGCGGGGCCGAACGAGAAGGUCGAGGGCGAGGCGCUCGACGCGGCUGUGGAUGGGGCCAAGGUGGAGGAGCAGGCGGAGCAGGCCGCUAGUGCUGGUACCGCUGAUGCUGGCGCUGCCGCUGGUGUUGCCAGUGCUGCUGCCGGCGCUGCCGGUGCUGCCGGUGCUGGUGCUGGUGCCGCCGGUGCCGCUGCCGGUGCCGCUGAUGCCGGUGCUGCUGAUGCUGCUGCUGAGCCUGCUGCUGCCGAGCCUGUUACCACUGAUGUUCCCGUCGUUGGUGCCGGUGUCCCUGACGCCGGUGCUGCUGAUGCGGUUGUCGCUGAUGCUGGCGCCACUAAUACUGGUGCCACUAAUACUGGUGCCGCCGGCGUUACUGCCAUUGGUGGUGCUACUGCCGUUAGUACCGGUGCUUGCUGCUGA